GCCAAAACCAAAGCGGUUACUGUCAUCUUUUUAUAAACUGCAGUUAGUAUUUUUGUCGCGUCCUAAUGACGUCAGUUAAUCUUCCAUCAUGGCGGCGGAGGGCUUCAAGGAGAUGAGCGGUAACGGGGUGCUUGAAGAGUCUCCAGCUAUGGAUGUCACUGAGGCUCCACCGCCGCCGCCGCCACCACCACCUCCUCCUCCUCCUGAAGCAUUAGAGGAAAAUGGCAGUGCAGCUGUGGCCCCUGAGGCUCCUGCAGGCCCCGAAAGCUAUUCCACAGUCCCAGCAGCAGCGAACGAGGAGGGGGAACUCCCUGCAGACUUUGAGCGGCUGUGGAACGCCGCGCACGACAAUCCUCAAGACUUCACCAGCUGGACCGAUCUGCUCCAGUACUGCGAGCAUGAGGGUCAUGUUAUUGCGUCCCGCAGGGCGCUGGAAGCCUUUCUGGUUCGGUAUCCACUCUGCUACGGCUACUGGAAGAAAUUUGCCGACCUGGAGCGCCGUGCAGGGGACAACAACAAAGCAGAGGAGGUGUGUAUUCGCGGUCUUCAAGCAAUUCCUCUGAGCGUAGAUCUUUGGAUCCACUACAUCAAUCUGCUGCUGGGAACACUGGACAUGAACUUGCCGGAUUCAGCUGUACGAAUUCGCAGUGUUUUCGAGAAUGCUGUAGCAGCAUGCGGUCUGGAUUUCCACUCGGACCGCCUCUGGGAUCUCUACAUGGAGUGGGAAAAGGAGCACGGGAACAUGAGGAACGCAGCGGCUGUCCUGGACAGAGCGCUCAGAGUUCCCACUCAGCUCUACAACACCCACUACGAAAAGUUCAAAGAGCACCUCAACAACCACCCGCCCAAAGACGUGCUCCCCUCUGAGGAGUACGAGGAGCUGAGGGCGUUUUGCCGGCAGAGCCAGAAGGCAGAGCGUGCCGAACAGGCUCCGGAAGUGGAGGAGGAGAGGCCGCCGGGGGAGGAAGAACCCGCUACACCUGAGGGUGCAGACUCGGAGGAGCUGAUGCAGAAGAUACGGGAACAGGUGCUGCUUCGUAGAGACAAAGUGUACCAGGACAACGAGGACGAGGUCCGGAAGAGAUGGAACUAUGAAGAUGCGAUCAAGCGUCCAUAUUUCCACGUCAGGCCGCUGGACCGCCUCCAGCUCAGAGCCUGGCACACUUACCUGGACUGGGAGAUCGCUGAGCUGAACAGGGACACCAAGGACGCCACACAAGGCGAGGACACACAUGAUCCAAACCAGGAAUCAACAGAGGAGUCUGAGGUCACAACGCAGCCUCGGGCAGCAUCAGAUGAUGUAGCAGACGCGCAGGGAGACCAAAGAGUUCGCAUCCUGUUUGAGCGCUGCCUGAUCGCCGUCGCUCUGUAUGAGGAGUUCUGGACCAGGUACAUUCAGUACCUGGAGCCGCAGAGUGUGGAUGAGGCCCGGGCUGUCUACAGGAGAGCCUGUGAGGUGCACCUCCCUAACAAACCCAACAUCCACAUGCAGUGGGCCACCUUUGAGGAGAGGCACGGUGACCUAACUGAGGCCCGGCGGGUGCUGGAGGCCCUGGAGAAAACCCUUCCUGGUCUGGCUGUCAUACGCCUCCACCGGGCCGCUUUAGAGCGACGAGCGGGCCAGCUGGACCAGUCGGAGGCCUUGCUGCGAGAGGCAGUCGCUGAAUGUAAAGAGAGGCCAAUGCUGCACGCCUUCUACUCCAUCAAGCUGGCUCGUCUGCUGCUCAAAGUGUCCAGAAACCCUGACGGCGCCCGCACAGUUCUACAGGAAGCACUGGAAAUUAGCCCGGACAACGACAAACUGCACUUGAACCUGUUGGAGCUGGAGUUGUCUGGGGACCCGUGGGCUUCAGCCGAGGCGGUGCAGGAGUGUGUGACUCGGGCCCUGGCGGCUCCUCUCACCCCACAAGCCAAGUUACUUGUGUCACAGAGAGGCCUGCAGUUCACGGAGGAGUACAGCAACUCUGUUCAGAGCGUGUUGGCCGUCUAUGAGGCGCAUCAAAAGCUGCUGGAGGAGCUGGGAGGAACAAAGAGAGAAGCAGAGAACGGGGACGAGGAUCCAGAGAAAGCGAGCAAAACCGCCGACAGCUCUUCUGCACACGCCGUAUCCAGCGCAUCAAAUGUGCCCGUCACCACGCCGCCGCUGCCUCCUGUCAUGGGCACCGACACCAGCACCCAGGCCGAGUAUGGAGCUUACAGCAGCUGGUACCAGCAACCUCAGUAUGGCAGCUACGGCAACUACGGCUACCAGAACACCUGGAACUACAACCAGGGCUACUAUCCGCCCAGUUAAACAGAACAACAGCAUCUCUGGAACCAGUUCGAUCCACUUGAACAACAGACUCAAACUCACAGUCCUGCUGAAACGUAUCCCAGCAUCCCUCUGUGUCGGUGAAUAAGAGAAGAACGGCUCAUUAAAUAUCCCGGUUCUGAGGAGCAGCUGGGAAGGUGACUAAAGAAAAACCACGGCAUCCGUUUUCUGUGACGUCUCUUGGUAUUAAUUAAAAUUAUUUUUGUAUUUGUUGUCAAAUCGAUGCUUUUGCUCAUGUUUGAAAGUCGCCUAUUUUACCCAACUUUACAGUGUAAGAAUGGUGCUUUGUACCAUUUUUCUCUGCUGUUUCUAAUGUACAUAAAAGGUGUUUUAUAGUGUGUCGCAUCAAA